ACCGAGGUCAACUUCCAUUGUAGGUGUUUUAGGCUGCCUGCCGCCACAUACCAAAGCAGCACAACCGUUGAUCUCUGUGUUGCAACUUCUCUCUUCUCAGACUUUAUAGUUAAGACGAAUAGAAAGCCAUGGCUGUCCACCAGCAGCAGAUCACCACUGUAACAACCACCCAGAGGUCGGGGGAAUGGAGCACAGGACUGUGUGACUGCUGCUCUGACAUGGGCACCUGUUGUUGUGCGUUGUGGUGCUUCCCCUGUUUUCAGUGUCAGACCACCUCCCACUUCGGCUGGUGUCUCUGCAUGCCCCUCCUGGACCCUUGUGCCUUUUUGGCUGUCUCCUGCUGCAUGCGCUCCUCCAUGAGAGAACGCUACGGCAUCCAGGGUUCGACGUGUGGAGACGUCGCAUUGGUGUGUUGCUGCUACGUCUGUACCUGGUGCCAGAUGGCCCGUGAGGUUAAGACGCAGACCACAUCAGGCCCCCAACAGGUUCACGUGGUCACCCAACAAGUUCGCAUGGCUUAGGACCCCAAAAUGAGUGUAGGGACUAGAUGGCCAGUCUAGAAGGGUCUUAACUGCUGAGCAAGUGCUUUACUUACUUUUUGUUCCUUAUAAUGUUUAAAGGUUAAGGAUAGGGCUUACAGUUUGUGGUUGAAAAAUUACACAAUUUCAUAAUUUGUAGCAUUGCCAAAUAGUGAUGGCCAAGAAAGAGGGCCAUAUCGGGAUAGAAUACCAUUCCAGUCUAUAGCAAACAUAUGUUGAAUGUACUGCAUACUUCAGAUGUGUCUGUAGGAGAGACAUUUUAUAUAAUUUACUCAUCUCAUAGUAACCAUUGAAUGUUAAUCUCAGGCUUUAAAGGUCCAGUGCAGUCAAAAACGGGAUUUGUCUGUGUUUUAUAUAUACACUGCUCAAAAAAAUAAAGGGAACACUUAAACAACACAAUGUAACUCCAAGUCAAUCACACUUCUAUGAAAUCAAACUGCCCACUUAGGAAGCAACACUGAUUGACAAUAAAUUUCACAUGCUGUUGUGCAAAUGGAAUAGACAAAAGGUGGAAAUUAUAGGCAAUUAGCAAGACACCCCUAAAAAAGGAGUGAUUCUGCAGGUGGUGACCACAGACCACUUCUCAGUUCCUAUGCUUCCUGGCUGAUGUUUUGGUCACUUUUGAAUGCUGGCGGUGCUCUCACUCUAGUGGUAGCAUGAGACGGAGUCUACAACCCACACAAGUGGCUCAGGUAGUGCAGUUCAUCCAGGAUGGCACAUCAAUGCGAUCUGUGGCCCUUUUAGUGUAAGAGCUGUGUAAAAAGACCGCCUGAAAUGUGCCCCUGUUUUGGUAGGAGGGUUUUGGCCUUCCACGGUGACAUCACCAGGCUGUAAAUGAGUUAAUAGACCAAUAAGAAAGAGAGUUCCAAACCUCUCUGCCAAGAACAGCAUAUUGUCAGUUUUCCCCUCCUCACUUAAACCACACCCAGACAGUCCUAACAAAAUCAUUGCCUGAGAAAUUGCUCUUUGCUAAGAAGAUAUUUUUGUAUAUUUUUACAAUUUUAAUUGAAAACAAUCACAGUAAGGUACUUAAUUGUUACCCAGAAAUUAUUUGAUGUUGAAAUAAAAAUGGCUGCAUUGGACCUUUUAAACAUUUCUUUUACAGUUUAACAUGUGGACUACUUGCCUUUCUUGCACACUUUCACUUGUCUUUUAUGACUAGCCCUGACUUUGUUGAUAGUUGCUCUACUGAGAAAAAGUUUGGUCUAUUAUGACUAUUUGGUUGUCUUACCUAGCUACCUAAAGAUGAGUACUCUAGAUAAGUAUUAACCUUUCUGAACCACCCAUCCCGGAUCCGGGAUAAGUGUCAUCAGCAACGCUGAAUAGCAUAGCGCCACAGUCAAAUAAUAUUACUAGAAAAUAUUAAUAUUCAUGAAAUCACAAGUGCAAUAUUGCAAAACACAGCUUAGCCUUUUGUUAAUCCACCUGUCGUCUCAGAUUUUGAAAUUAUGCUUUACAGCGAAAGCAAUACAAGUGUUUGUGUAAGUUUAUCGAUCGCUCGACAAAACAUUAAGUACACUUAGCAUCAGGUAACUUGGUCACGAAAAUCAGAAAAGCAAUCAAAUUAAUCGUUUACCUUUGAUGAUCUUCGGAUGUUUUCACUCACAAGACUCCCAGUUAGACAACAAAUGUUCCUUUUGUUCCAUAAAGAUAUUUUUAUAUCAAAAUACCUCCAUUCGUUUCGCGCGUUAUGCUGAGAAAUCUACAGGAAAAAGCGUUCACGACAACGCAGACAAAAAUUCCAGAUAAUGUCCACAGAAACAUGUCAAACGUUUUUUAUAAUCAAUCCUCAGGUUGUUUUUCAAAUAUCUAUUCGAUAAUAUAUCAACCGGGAGUGUUGGUUUUUCACUAGGACCGGGAGUAACAAUGGCCGCCUUUCUCUGUUGCGCACAACUCACUCUGAGAGCCCCCACCUAUCCACUUACGCAAUGUGAUCGUUCUCGCUCAUUUUCAAAAUAAAAGCCUGAAACUAUGUCUAAAGGCUGUUGACACCUUAGGGAAGCCAUAGAAAAAGAAAUCUGGUUGAUAUCCCUUUAAAUGGGUAAUAGGGAUGCAUAAGAACAGAGAGGUUUCAAAAACAGAGGCACUACCUGAUUGGAUUUUCCUCAGGUUUUAGCCUGCAAUAUCAGUUCUGUUAAACUCACAGACAAAAUUUUGACAGUUUUGGAAACUUUAGUGUUUUCUAUCCUAAUCUGACAAUUAUAUGCAUAUUCUAGUUUCGGGGGCUGAGAAAUAGGCAGUUUCAAAUGGGUACGUUUUAAAGCCAAAAACGAAAAUACUGCCCCCUACACUUAAUUAAGUGACUAAAAUGUACUGUAAAUGUAAAAUGCUUGAACCAUGAUUCAAAUGGCAACAACAUUUCAAAUUGAAUGUUAUAUAUAAAUGAUAAUUUAUGCCAUUUAGCAGACAUGCGUGCAUAAAUAUAACGUACCAGUGGUCCCGGGAAUCGAACCCAUUAUCCUCUUCCAAAUGAGCUCCAGCGGAACACUGUUUUCUCUGUUGCUUUGUCCUUGAUUUCACCUGCUUGUUCAAUAAGUGUUUUUAAAUAAAGCAUUUACACGUCUUACCUUUACAAA